AUGGGCGGAGAGGUGGGACAUAUUCCUAUCGGACGAGGCCGCCAUCUCGGGGCCCCUGGCCAGAAGGUGCUCUCGCGCGAGGAGAAGGUCGAGUACCGGGACCAGAACGGCAACCUCCUCGACGAGGAGCAGGUCAAGGCCUUGGAGGGCAAGGUCGAAUUCAAGACAAAAUACGAGACGCGGACGCGCGUCGUCGACGCAAGUGGGAACGAAGUACAGAUGCCCGAAGGCGGUUGGCCGCAAGAGCUUGGUCAAGAGCAAGGCGGCAACGUCGCCCCACCUCACCCUGAUGUUCAGGGCGUCGACCCCGAGACCAAGGCCAAGGCUGACGACUCCGCCGCCCCAAGCGUUCAGGGCCAGAAGGAGGCCGAGCAGAAGAAGGCCAAGCCGGCGAGCGACGGCGGCAAGGAGGCUACUGCUCAGGAGGAGCUCUGA